AUGAGUGGCACCUCCAAUUCCGGCCCUGUCCGCUCUGUAGGAGUACGUGAAAUUCCCGAAACCCUCACCCCUGUGACGCCAGCCACGCAAGGCUCGCGGCUGCAUCAUGCUAUGCUCAGGAUUAGCGAUCCAGAGAGAUCGCUACACUUCUAUACCGACUUCUUGGGCAUGUCACUGAUCUUUAAACUCGACACCGGUCCAUUCACAGUCUAUUAUCUAGGCUAUCCAGACCCCGAUGACCAGACACCAGCAGAUCUCGCCAAAGGGAUGGCAUCCCGCACCGGAUUUUUGGAACUCGUCUACGUUCAUCUCCAAUCGUCGAAGCAAGAAGUCCCGCCUAUCAUUCCUGCUACGGUUGGUUUUGGACAUCUAGGCUGGUACGUUGCCGAUGUGGAAGAAACACUGAAGCGAGCCCAAGAAAACGGCUAUAUUGUGGUGAAGGAUAAAAGCAACCUUUCCAUAACGACAAUGGACUUGCCUAAAGGUGUAGCCGCAACUCCCUGUUGUGCACCAUUCCUGGCAAGUUUCGCCCAGAUCGGCUUCAUUCGGGAUCCCGAUGGUAAUAGCAUUGAGCUCUUGCCCUUGCAGUGGAAGCGUUAG